AUGUCCGAAGGAAACGCUUCCCAAAGUUUUACUAUAGACGGCGUGACAUUGCGCCCAGGAACUGUUGAAGAUGUCCCCGCCAUGCUAAGACUCAUGGACAUCGCAACAGCCUGGCUCGUAAAGAAAGGGCAAACAGGACAAUGGGGCACAGAGAGGCACUCAACCAACCCCGACAGAAUCAAGCAGGCAACAGAGCUCGCCGAGUCAGGCGGAACAUGGAUCGCCGUUGACACCAACUACUCGCCCCCGAAAUCAGGAGGAGAAGACGAGGAGCUUUCCAUCAUCAACGGCGUCAUUGGUGCCAUAACAGUCGGCCAAGCGAAUCACUACGUCCAGCCAGCGACAGAGCCAGAGCUGUACGUCAGAUAUCUCGCGUCGGACCGGGCUUCCAGCGGCAAGGGGAUCGGCACGCUUCUGCUGGAGAAAGCGCGCGCACUGGCUCGCGAGGCCGGCGUGUCCUUACUUCGACUCGAUUGUUAUGCUGGUGGCAGUGGAGGGCUAGUUCGUUACUAUGAAUCUCAAGGAUUCAAGCGCAUGGAGACUUUUGACGCCAACGGGUGGCCAGGGCAGGUGCUCAUACAGAGACUGGACAAAACCGAGGGAGAAGACAGCUAA